GUGGUGAUGGCGCGCUGAUCGCUGGCGGUCAGUAGCUCCUCGCACCUGGCGCUGUGCAGCCGCCUCUGCUCGACUCGGACUCAGUGUGAGCAAUGCGUGGGUUGGCCCUCCUGCUGGGUGUGCUUUGGGCGUGUGGCUCCUCGGCAGAGUCUAGGGGCCAGCUGCUUCGGACCGCGGUUCAAGCCCCACUCGUCCAGUACAACUUCAUCUUCGGGAACCAGGAAGGCAUAGCUCCAGAUAGUGAACGGGUCGACUCGGAAACAGAAGCAAGCGACAACCAGGUAGAUGAAGUCACAACCGUUGACGGCACUGAGGAGACGGCUGCAGCCGGAGGAGAUGUAACUGAAGGAAGAAGAGUUAACGGUGGAGGAGGGAGUGGUGCAGGAGACCGAGCUGAUGGCGCUGGUGGUGUUAGUGGAGGGGAAGAGGAUGGUGGCGGCCCUGUGGGAGAGGGCGGAGGUGUUAGUGACGGGGGAGGAGGUGUUGAUGGCAGUGGAGGCGGUGAUGUUGGGGAAAGGGUUGGUGGUGGUGAGUGGUCAGGUGAAGAAGGAAAUAUUAAGCCUGGUUCAACAGAACAGGAUACGACUCAGACUCCUUAUACAGUACCCAGCACCAGCACAUACAUAACAUCAACCACAACGCCUAAGCCAAUUUCCAUCACCACUGAACCAUUUACCACCACCACCACCACCACCACCACUGAACCAUCUACCACUACCACCACCACGACCACUGAACCAUCUACCACCACCAUCACCACCACUACCACUGAACCAUCUACCACCACCACCAUAUCACCCACCACCACUACUAAAAUACCCACUACCACUAAAUCACCCCCCGUUACGUCAGAGCCACCAACCACCACCACUGAACAACUCCCCACCACCACCACUAAACCACUCCCAACCACCACUCAACCACUCCCCACGACCAUUAAACCACUCCCUACCUCCACUAAACCACCUCCAACCACUCCUAAACCACACUCUACCACGCAGAUACCGAAGAAAACUACAACGAUCCCAGGGACACCAGGAACACGUGACGUUAACCUGUCUUGCGACUUCGGGAUGUACCCCAACACGAACACCUGUGAGUGGGUUUCCAGCGAAGGCACAGCCCUGACCUGGCAGACAGGAACCGGGCAGACGUUCAACUGGCUGGGAGGCCCGACCCACGACUUCAGCUCUGACAUCAACGGAGGCUACACGUUUGUGGAGACGUCGCAGUUCCCACUCCAACAAGGCCGAAACACCUACCCAGGGGCCAUUUUGCAGAGCCCACUCCUUCACAGUACCGGGCCUCAAGGGUCCUGCAUAACUUUCGCAUACAUGAUGGAUGGUCUUAGCCCUGCGCAGCUGCGCGUAAUUCUCCAGAUUGAAAGUCCUGAAGAGUCUGCCCGCCUCAACAUGAGCAGCGGUAAUAUUUUAUGGCAGGCCGAGUAUCAUACCCAGGGAGAAUGGGUGCCCACGCAAUUCCUCUACACAUGCGAGGUUCCUCACAAGAUCAUGUUCCAAGGCAUUCCCGUGGAUUUGAGUGAUCCUUCUCGUCUGUAUCGCGGUUUUAUCGCAGUGGGCAAAAUCCAACACAGCUCUGGAAGCUACUGCAGGGGAUUUUAA